UCUCUCUCUCUCUCUCUCUCUGUGUCUGACAGUCUGAGCACCAUGAAGUCAUUAAAGAUGCUCGUGAUUAUCUUAGCAACGAUGCUGGCUUUAGCAAUUCCUCUUGCUGCAACUCCGGCCGAAGAAAAUGUACAAAUGGUCGGGGUUGAUGAAGAUGACACAGUUGACGACACUACUUAUUCUGAUGAUGAGCCUGAGAUCCCCUUGACGGAGAGCGAGCAACCAUCUUCUCUCCGAGGGACUAGCCGAUUCCUUGCACAGGUGAAGGGUCAGGCUGUAAUGACUUGUGAUAAAUUCCCAAGAGUUUGUCGCGGCAAGGGGAGUCCGGGACCGGAUUGCUGCAAGAAAAAGUGUGUGAAUGUGUUGACGGACAGGCUCAACUGCGGGAUGUGUGGGAGGAAGUGCAAAUACUCACAGAUAUGUUGCAGAGGCGAGUGUGUGAACCCACUGGUUGACAAGAAGCAUUGUGGACAGUGCACCAACAAGUGCAAGAAAGGGAGCAAAUGCGUAUACGGGAUGUGCAGCUACGCUUAAUAAAAAUUUUCACAUUACAAUCCGGCUGCAUAUCGGGAACAUCUUACGUUAUCAUUCAUGGGGAGAUGUUCUUGAUAUGCGGCUCGAUUAUCGUGUGAACAGAUAGAUGUUCAUAUAUACCAUUAUAAGCCCAGCAAAUCUGGACUAUUAGUUUUCUAGCAAAUAGGAUUCAUUGUGUAUUAUUUAAUAAGGCCGGGCAUCACUUCAUUUGAUGUCCUUUGUCAUAUUUUCCUGACAUAUUUUGUAAAUGUCUA